GCCAGUCGCAGCAUUCGGGUACAAGUUUUUCACACAGCGUUUUUCUAUACCAUAGUUGAUUUUCAAACUUGGCGUGGAAAGUCCCCAAUUAUUAACCGCUCGCAGUUGCACUAACUUGUUCGUCCGUUGUAUCGGUUGAGAGGGUAAAAAACAUUGUUCGUCGUCUUCAUCGUCGUCGUCAUCCUCGUAUUUGUAGUUUUACUGUUUGUUAUCAGAUUAACUCGUUAUUAUUGUAUUUUUUUCUUUUUCAUCUCUUUAUUUUUAUAAGACAAAUUUCGUGCUUUUAAUACGGUUUUAUUCGAGUUAAAUAUUUUACUCGUAGAUUUUUUUUUCUUUUUACAAAUUAUAAUUCGUGUAAAUCUUCUUGCUUUUUUUCGAAAAUUUUUGGUGAUUGUGUGUGUGUGUGUUUUUUUUUUUUAGUGAAGUACCUAGCUUUAUUUUCAUUUCAUCGUGUAAAUUUUUAUUAUUUUUUUUCUCUUAUAUGGUGUAAUUUUUGUGUUCGGUGCUAUUUUGAACAUCAUGUUGACGUCAUUCGAGACCAUAUUUUCGAGUUAAUAGCUUUAUACGAGUAUCUACAUAAAAUGGCUUCAGCGAGAUGUAGCGAUAUUGUACUCAUUAUUCGAAGUACCUAAUUAAACUCGAAGAAGUCGAAGACAACAACAACAAAAAAAGACUUCGCCGAACAUGAAUACUCUGCAAAGCUCACACACGACAGGAGGAGGAGGCGGUAAAUUGAAAUCAGAGAAUGCGCUCGAGGAACUAGUUUCAAUCACACCAAAUGAACGAAACUGGAGAGGAAUCUGCAUAGCUCUACUGGUGAUAAUCGCCGUACUGGCGUUGAUCUUAUUCUUCAUCGUGUUACUUUCGCCUCCUUACGAAGGCCCAUUCAAUCCCGGAAUAAAGUUUACAAUCGACCACGUCACAGGAAGCGAAUUCAAGAGCUCGCCAUUCAAUGGGACUUGGAUUUCAGAGACGGAAUUCGUGUUUCGAGAUCCGAAUGGCGGAGUGAGCAUUUUCAACGCUAGAAACAACACGGCCAAGAUACUAAUAAAUAAUUCAACUUUUAGAAUGUCAAAUGGAAUAGAUUUCAUGGUAUCGGCCGACUUGAAAUACGUACUGAUAAUCAAAGAUAUUAAAAAAAUUCACACGAACACGAAGAAAGCUAAAUAUCGAAUUCAAGAGGUACACUCGCCAAAUCACAUAUCAUUAACACCUCAUUUAGUGAAAACAGUUCACGAGCACGAAGUACCAUACAUAGAAGAAGUCGCAUGGUCACCUCGAGGCAACGCACUGGCUUUUGUUUACAAACAAAACGUAUUUUAUAAACCAGAAGUCCUUUCGAACACAGUUCUUUAUCAAAUUACGUAUUCCGGGUCAAAUUUCGUUUUCAAUGGCGUACCAGACUGGCUUUAUCAAGAAGAGAUAACGAAAAAGAAAAAAUGCAUGUGGUUUUCACCGGAUGGAAGGUAUCUGGCUUUUGCAACUUUUAACGAUACAAAAGUCAGAGAGUUCAAGUAUCCGGUUUUCAAGACUAAUUACCAGUAUCCAGAAAUAUUCUCUUUAUUUUAUCCUAAAGUUGGUACGAGAAAUCCAGACGCUUACGUAUCUGUGACUGACAUUUCAACAGUAAAAAAUGGUUCAUAUAUCACUCUUCAGAAACCAAAAGCAUUUUUAGACAGCGAGUCGUAUUUGAUAAACGUAGUUUGGAGUGAAACGAAUCAGAUAGCAGUAACGUGGAUGAACAGAGAGCAGACCACAUUCAUAAUAUCAAUUUGCACUGGACCAAAUUGGAAUUGUCAAGAUGCACACGUAGAGACAGCGACAGAAAACAGCUGGGUCGAUCCGAACGUAGACAUGAUGUUUUCGAAAACUGGUAACGGUUUUUUAACCAUAUUAUCGGUACUGGAUGGAACGGCUGGAAAGUUUCCACAAUUAUGCCACAUCGAUAUUUCUACCAAAAUUAUGACGCCGUUAACUCACGGCCAAAUUGUAGUAACCAAUAUUAAAGCUUGGGACCAAAGUAAUCACGUAGUAUACUUCGAAGCUGCUCCAGAAGGUAAACCGACGCAAAGACACGUUUACAACGUAUCCGAUAGUUUAACUUUAACAAACAAAUGGCAUUGUUUGACGUGCCCUGUGAUAGAAGCGACGAAUAAUAUUACGAAUUCAACUUUAGAUAAUUUUAGCACAUUACUUUCAAGAAAUGCCAGCUCUUCUGUAAAAAGUAAAAAUAAUACCGCACCGAAAUGGCCGGUUAGAAGUAAUUCGUGUCGUUACGUGAGAUCGUACUUUCAUCAAUUCAAUCAACCUAUUUCUUAUUAUAUUAUAGACUGCUUAGGACCCGAUGUGCCUAAAACUAUCCUAAUGAACGCAGUUACCGAUACACCUUCAUUAUUGUUGAAUAAUCAGACUGAAUUAGCAGCUAGAUACGCCAAAAUGGCAAAGCCUCAAUUGAAAAUUUUACAAGUCGAAUUGGAUACAGGUUACAUAGCCCAAGUGAAAAUAUUACUGCCGCCCAUUAUGCGAGAGCGUUUAGAGAUGGAGUUUCCUUUCAUUCUUUACGUAGGUUCAUCGCCUGGAAGCCAAGGUGUGACGGAAGAAUGGCUCAUAGACUGGAACACAUAUCUAGUUAGUAAUUUAAAUUUCGUCGUCGGUAUAAUCGAUGCUCGAGGAUCUAGUUGCCAAAGCGACGAAAUGAAGAACGAAAUAAAUAAAAAAUUCGGUAUAGUUGACGUCGAAGAUCAACUAUCGGUGCUAUUAUAUUUACGAGAUACUUUGAAAUACAUUGAUAGAACCAGAAUUGGAGUAUGGGGUAGAGGUUAUGGUGGUUAUGUUACCGGUAGACUCUUAGAACAAGAUAAUGGUACCUUUCAUUGUGGUAUAGCAAUCGCUCCUGUUACCAGUUGGGCCCAUUAUGUAUCUGUAUGGACUGAACGAUUCAUGGGUACUCAAAAUGUAACCGAUAAUUAUCGAGGUUACGAAGAAUCUGAUUUAACAAAGAAGGUCGCUAAUUUCCGCGAUAAGAAAUUUCUCCUUAUACACGGCACUGCCGAUAAAUUAGUUCAUUAUCAACAUAGUAUGCUGUUGGUGCAUUCUUUCUCGAAGCAAGGGAUCCUUUUUAGGCACCUGACCUACCCUGACGAAGACCACGACUUUUCCGGCGCCAAUCACCACGUCAUAAAAGCGAUGGAAACAUUCUGGAACGACUGCUUCGGUCCGAUCGAAUACGAAGACUACGACGAAGGACUAGCGUUCUUGUCAUUCGCUCAAUAGCAAUCACAGGUUCCGCUGUAAACACAAAUUUACACCUAGAGGCGAAUGAAAUGCCAUUUGAACAAAUGAAUUUGUAUUACAGAAAUGCUGCACAGAAGAUGAUAUUCCAGAAGAAGAUGACUGCAGUUGCAAGAGCUUCGUUUAAAAUGUGCAGCAACGUUUUUUCUGGUAAACUUAAAAAACCUCAAAUGUGAUCAUCUAGUCUGACAUACGUAUUAAUUUAAUACUAAUGUUUACUUAAUCAAAUCUCGGUCGAAUUUGCGUACCUAAUAGAUUGUCCGCGAUAUGUUUAAGAAUCGUAAAUUCCAUUUUGUUUAUAUUUUUGUUUUUGUUUUUUUGGUACCUCCUUAAUUCCUCAUAUUGAUUCAAACGUUCGCUGAUUAACUAGUUACCAUUGAAUGAAACUUUGAAUGGUUUCCACUUCCACUACGUAUGAUUAGAUUUAUCCUAUUUUAGCCAAGGACCAAUGCAGAGAUGGACUGGGUAGAAAAUUCUAUUUAAAACGUAAGAAUUAGUUAUCAUUAACAAUAAUGAAUGUUCAGCUGCUUCUCAUUUAUAAAUCUCGAUUCACUUUUUUUCUCAAACAGACACCAAAUUAAAAAAAAAAAAAAAAAAAAGAGGAAGAAGGAAAUUUUUUGAAUGGAUUUUUAACAAAAACCUUUCAAAUCAUCAAAACCGUUUUUUAUAUUUAAUUUUUCAAUUUAAAAAAAAAAACAGGGAAGGAAAACAGUUUUCGAAUGAGUUUUCAACAAAACUUUCCUCAACAUGAGAACCAUUUUUUGAAAAAAAUUUGUGGAAUUUCGUUCCCUAAAAACUUUAUACAAAAGAUAAAUUGACUGGGUCCAUUUUUCAACCCAAUUUGAGAUAUUCAGGAAUCAGGAGUGAAAAAAAAGUAUGUUAAUCAGUUAUUAUAAAGUAUAAAUAGGUACUUACGACGGAAAUGGAAGAACUUAAACUCUUCCAAGUACAUUUUCUUGCUCAGUCUGCCUCUGGACCAAUGUACAGAUACUCACUCAAUCCAAAAAUAACUAGUCAUUACAAGUACCUACAAUGGAUUUUUCACGAUAUCAUGUUUUUCAUUUUUUAGGUUGAUUAAUUUUUUAAUUAUUUUUACGCAUAAAUGUUUGAUAUAAACUCGAUGAUAUAUAUUUUUUUUAAUUGUAGAGAAAUCAUUUGACAACCAGAACAGUUCUCACUCUCAGUAAUUGUUUGAUACCAAUUUACUCCUUAAAUUCGAUUCCUAUGUAGAAAUACGAUGUAAAAUGCUGGUUCUGGGACAAAUUAAGACAUUCCUGUCUCAUUAAAAUUUCAUCAAGAUAAAUUGUUUAUCUACUUUUUUUGACAAUUUAUUCAAAAAUUGAAACUUUUUGACAACUUUUCCAAACAUUGGCACUUUAUUGACAAUUUUUCCAAAUAUUGACACAUUUUUGAUAAUCCUAAAAAUGGACACAAUUUUGAUACUUCUUUCAAAAGUUGGCAAUUUUUAGUACUUUUUAAAAAAUUGACACAAUUUUGACAAUUUAUCCAAAAAUUGAUAGGGUGAGCUACCCUGUUCGCAACCACCAUCCAAUUUGCAACCGAAUUCACUUCACAGUUAAAAAAUAAGACUUUCCGGCUAGAAUUCACCUUUUUUUUUUUUUAAAUGCUACAGUUUGAGAUUCUCUACACAAUGAACCAUUCCUACAUAAUUUAUCUGUGAUUCUCUUAUUUGAUAUUCGUCACUGAAGUUGUGCCUUCCAGGCAUUUGUACAUCUGUGGUGUUUUCUUAAAAGGAAGUGUGAUGGAGGUGAUUUUAAAACUCAGUGAAAAGUAUGAAAAAUGAUGAGAAAUUGAUCCGGUUUUUUUUAUGAUGGUAAGUAGACUGUUUGAGGAACUGUUUAAACUGCUUGGUAUCAAUUAUUUUAUUGAUUUAAUGCUUAUAAUUGAUCACGUUGCAAACCGAGUCCAAAAAACGUGAUUUUCCAGUUUGCAACCACCGGUUGCAAAGUGGCUUAGUGAAUCGAAAUUUAGGUGCCAGUUUGCAACCAACUUAUUUCUUACAAUUCCAGGCUCCAAAAUACAUCAAACACAUUACCAUGUACCUCAGUAUGUUUUUAAAAAUCGGUGAAAUACAUUUAUUUAGUUUAUCAAGAGGUAAUUUGAUUUUUUUCGGAGCCUGAAAUGCUAAAUACAAUGGUUGCAAACUGGAUACCCAACUGGUUGCAAACUGGAAAAUUACGUUUUCUAGAAAGGCUUGAGACAGGAUUAAUUAAAAGCAUAAAUCAAUACCAAGUAGUUUAAACAGUUGCUCAAGCAAUCUACUUACCACCAUAAAAAAAAACGGAUCAAUUUCUCAUCAUUUUCUAAUUGCUUCAAUAGAAAAUAAUUGGUUGCAAACUGGUUAAAUCAAACGUUGCAAACUAGAGUGCUUUGGUUGCAAACUGGUAAUUUUGAGUUUUUUCAAUAUCUUUGUAAUUAAAAAAAAAGUAUUUAACGAAAAAGGCUUAGUAGUAUAUUUUUAGAAACGGAAAACUUCAGGGAAUCGAAAUAUCUAAUUUUUUUCAAAAUUUGCAUUAAUAUACUUCUGUAUAGGCUUGUUAAAAGUUGGCACCUCCUUAACCGGUUGCAAACUGGGUGGCUCACCCUACCUUUUGACAACUUUUCCAAAAGAUUGCACUUUUUAGCAAAUUUUUUAAAAGUUGACACAAUUUUAAUUAUUUUUUCAAAAUUUGACUCUUUUUGACAACCUUUUUAAAAAUUGACACGUUUUGACAAUUUUUUCAAAAGUUGACACUCUUUGACUACUCUUCCAAAAAUUGGCACUUUUUUGACAAUUGUUCCAAAAAUUGACACCAUUUUGAUAAGUUUUCCAAAAAUCAGCUCUUUUUGACAACCUUUCCAAAAAUUGACACUUUUUGACUAAAUACUAUUUCAAAAAUUGGAGUUUUUCUGACAAUUUUUCUAAAAAUUGACACAAUUUUGAUUUUUUUUUAAAGUUGGCACUUUUUAGUACUUUUUAAAAAAUUGACAUAAUUUCAACAAUUUAUCCAAAAAUUGAAACCUUUUGACAACUUUUCCAAAAAAUUGCAAUUUUUAACAAAUUUUCUAUAAAUUGACACAAUUUUGAUUAUUUGUCCAAAAUUUUACUCUUUGUGACAUUCUUUCUAAAAAUUGACACUCUUAGACAAUUUUUUUAAAAGUUGACAAGUUUUGACAGUUUAUUCAGAAUUUGGCACUCUUUGACUAUUCUUCCAAAAAUUUGCACUUUUUUGACAACUGUUCCAAAAGUUGACAGCAAUUUGAUAAGUUUUCCAAAAAUUGCCUCUUUUUGACAACCUUUUCAAAAAUUGACACUUUCUGACUACUUUUUUAAAAAUUGACACGUCUUGACUACUUUUUUUAAAAAGGCACUUUUGGGACAUUUUUUUAAAAAUUGACAUCUUUUUCUCAAUUGCUUAAAAAACUGAUACCAUCUUAACAACUUAUCCAAAAAUUGGCACUUUUAUGACAAGUUUUCUAAAAAUUGACACUAUUUAGACAGUUUUUUCAAAAAUUGACGCUUUUUGACCAUUUUUUGAAUAUUUGAAGCUUUUUGACCGUUUUUUAAAUAUUUGACGCUUUUUGACCAUUUAUCCAAAAACUGACACAUUUGGACAACUUUUCCAAAAAUUGGCAUCAUUUUGACAAUUUAUCCAAAAAUUGACACUUUUUGAUAACUUAUCCAAAAAAGUUGCACUUUUUGAUAACAUUUCAAAAAAUUGCACUUUUUGACUACCUACUCGUAGGUCAAAUUUAGCAAAAAAAAAAUAAUAAGGAAAAAACAGAACUUUAUCAGCAAGUUUGGCAAAAAGCAGGACUUCUCUUGGGCAAUUUUGGCACAAAAGGAAGACAUGUUAUAUAGAUAAGGCGAAAAUUGAUUGUCUUUAAAUACAUAUUCAUGAUGGGGGGGGGGGGUGCAAAAAAUUGUGGACUUAUAACUUGCGGGCAUUAGCGUGCCCCCAAAAAAGAAGUGACAAGAAAAGGCUUAUGUAUGACAUAAAAAUUGAACUUGUUUACCUUUAAAAAAAAUAUUUUUACACAAAAUGUGAAAAUUUUUUGGAGAAUUAUCUCAUAUUUCAAUUUUUUUUCUUUUUUCAAGAACUUUAUUUUUCAUCACUUUAUCUUUCUAACGAAAUUCAAUAGGGUCACAAUUGAUCAACUUUUUAAGAUAUCAAAUUUUAUCAGGUCAGAGUUUUGAUCAAAGUAGAUCGCUGAUCAGAUCCAAAUCAUUUUCUCCAAAGAAAGGUUCUGAACAGAUCCAUCAUUUUUUCAGAUUAAUUCGGUUUGAUUCGAUUCUUGAUCAGGCACCAAAAUGAUAAUUUUUUUUCUCGAACAAAAUAACAUUCAACAUGCAAAUGUUUUUUAAGCAUUCUCUUUUUUUACUUAUACUUACCAAUUUCAUCUUACCUACCUACUUUAUACCUACUUAUGUACCUGUGUACUUUCCUACCUAACACUUGUUUUUCCAUUUCAAUAGAUAGAUAAUCAUUACGAUACUUAUUACCUUCAUUUUAAUUAUUAUUUUUAAAAAAUAAUAAAUACCUACACAAGAACACCACAUUUAAUCCCUUUAUUGUAAAUUGAAAAUUUUGAAAUUACUACGAAAAAAAGCUAAAAUUUAGUAAUUUUUACUCGUAUUACUAAUUUCAUAUCAAACCAGCGUGUAAAUUUUUUUGAAAAUGUUUUUAAAAUCGGGUUACCUACUUUGAUUUUUUAUUUACGUAUUUAUUUUUUGCCUCGAAUUAUGUAUUAUUAUUGCAACUACAGCAUAUUUUGCGAGUUCAAUUUGUGUUCUGUGAUUACCUCCACAUUUAUACAAAGUUGAAGUUAUUUGAAUUAAUAACGAAUUCAAAAUGCUAGUCUUUAAUUUACCUUUAUUUUACGUUUAUAGCUUCAUCUUGCUCAUUAUUGUUUUAUUUACUUAUUUGUACCUAUUUUAUUUUCAUCUUCAAUGUACAUUCGUUAUUAUUUUACCUACUAUUCUUCUUCCUAAUUUCGUUAUCAUUUUUUUACGAUCUUAUACUCUUGAAGCAUGAUUUUGUUUCUUUUUAUUGAAUCAACAAAUAAAUAAAACAAAAAACAAUUAACAUAACAGUUGAAUGAAUUGAAAAGACGUAAUAUGCGAGUAAAGUAGUUACCUACUUAUAAAGAAACGCAGCAAAAUUUUCAUCGUUUAAUCGCGAAUGUCAAAAUCACGUAAGAAUUUAUCUGGGUUCGUCGUCAUUGUUCAUGAUUUGUAAAAAAUAAAUAAAAAUAAAAUGAAAUAAAAAUUCGCUAAAAAAUGAAAAAAUUUAGUUACUAUUUUUUGUUGUUUUUAUUCGUAUUUUUAUAUCCAGUACGUGUGUUUAUGAUUUUUUAAAAGAGUCAUAACUGAUAAUUUUUUUCCCAUUUUUUGAAAUGACUCGAUGUAGUAUAAUUAGACAGAAGAAAUGCAAAAAGGUUUUUAAUUUUACCUAUUUUAUAUACCUAAUAUUGUACGUGUAAAUUAUGUAUGUUUUUUGGUGUCCUUUUUUUUUCUGUGUUACGUGUGGCUAUUGUUAUUUUAUUUGUUAUACAUAAAUUUGUGUGUUUAUUUGUUGUAAUUAAAAAUUGUGUGUUGAUGCGAA